CAGUUACCACACAUUUUCACAAAUGUACCAGUGCUCCGACCAGAAUCCGGUCAUUUACGUGAAGCAAGUGUAUUCAAUAGAUAAAAUAUGGCAGCUGCUGAAAGUGAAAAAGAUCAGUUUGAUGAUGAAGAUGCAGAAGACGACACACCACUGGAGAAAAGAAAGAAAAUAUUUUCUAAAGAAUUACGUUGCAUGAUGUAUGGUUUUGGAGAUGACAGAAAUCCCUAUACAGAAUCUGUGGAUAUUUUAGAAGAUCUGGUCAUAGAAUUCUUAACUGAAAUGACAAAGAAAGCAAUGGAAGUAGGAAGAACUGGUAGAAUAAGUGUAGAAGACAUUAUUUUUCUGAUCAGGAAAGAUCCUAAAAAAUAUUCUAGAGUGAAGGAACUAUUGACAAUGAAUGAAGAACUCAGGAAAGCUAGGAAAGCUUUUGAUGAAAUCAAAUACGCAACAACAAAAUGAUCAGUACAUAACAAUUUGUUGUUUCAAUCAUCACAUGUUUUGAAUUUGUUGUUUCAAUCAUCUUGUGUUUUAAAUUUGUUGUUUCAAUCAUCACAUGUUUUGAAUUUGUUGUUUCAAUCAUCAUGUGUUUUGAAAGUUGUUGUAUCACAACAUUGAUAUUUAUUAUUAAUAACAAUGUCACAUCCAUGACAUUAAUUAUAGAAAAUAAUAUAACAGGCUAUUAUCUAGACUUGGAAU